AUGACCGACAAUAGUGAAACUGGUGGCCUCAAACCCAUCGUUGAGAGCUUGGCUAAGCCUUUGGGGGCCUUCCUGACAUGGUUUAUUCCCCUGGCUAUCACACAAGGGCGCAAGGCUCUCGAUCUCUAUCGUAAGCUCCCUCAAAAUUUCAUUGAGUUUCUGAUUGGUGUGAUUUUCUGCUUCUUUGGUGGUGUCUACCCGACCUUGUUUGCGGCAGUCCAAGCCGCUGAAAAUGGUGGUCGCAAGACAGUGUUGGCUGCCCUCAAUGAUUUGGCCGAAGAAGCCACCAUAAUCAUUGAAGAAUCCAAAAAGGAUGACAAGAAGGAUGAUGACAAAGAUGGAAGAUCGGAUGUCACAGAAAUUUCUGGAACCGAGUUCUUGCAACGAAAGACUCUUCUCGUCCUCCGAAAAAUGAACCCUGACAAGAUCGACAAGGCGAUUUAUUCCAUCUACCGUGUUUGGCUAGCAGUGGCAGCAGUCUUGACCCUAAAGUUUGCGAAAACCAUCAACUUCGCGCUUUCCAUUGCUGAGUUCUUGUUUCGUCCUUGUGACCACGUCGUUACCCCUGUCUUGCAAGCUGCCAUUCCUGAUGAAUAUGACAAGUGGGUUCCCGUGGUCCUUCGUUGGAUCACCAAAAGUAUCGCUAUUUCCAUAGCGUGGUACAUUCAGUCCAUCCAGAGCGCAUUUACAUCCGCACUCAUUGGCGGUGUCAUGAUUGGCCGGUCCUUUGUUCAUUUCUGCAACUAUCGUGGCAUUGAUCUCGGUGGUCUCAUCCCGGCCAAACAUGAAGAUGAAACCGCCGUAGAUGAGAUCUUGUCCUAUGUCUUUGCAGCAUUGGGAUUCUAUUUUCAGUUCAAAAUUGGUUUCAAGGUGCCAUCACCCUGGAAUAUCUUGCUAUGGCCCUUUGGAACUGCGGAGUACUACAUUCGCUGGUCCAUUACCAAGCGAACUGGUAUGGAAGUUUAA